AUGGCCCUUGUCCUGCUCGAGGCCCUCAAAAAAACCAAUCGCCUCAUUCAGCAACAAAGUGAACGAAUUGAUAAACUGGAAAGGAAGCUACGAUCACGAUCUCCCCCGCGGAGACGCCACCGAUCGCGCUCCUCCUCGUCCUCGCGCUCCCCACCGAGGAGGCACCGCCGACGAUCGCCAUCAUCUUCACGUUCUCCGCCCAAGAGGUAUUGCCGUCGGAGGUCCGAUUCCCGCUCCCCUCGACGAAAAAACCAGAAACCCGAGGAAGAGGAAACUGGAAGCCCCUCUCCUGAGCGAGGGCAUCGGGGCCCCACCAAAGCUGUUGUGAAGGGCCGCGAAUGCUCCCCUCCUGAGGAUAACCGCAAGACUUCUGGUAAGACACAAGGGAAACCUCGGCGAAAGCACAACAACCGCAGAAGGCACUCAAACUCCCUUGGUCCAAGUGACGAGGAGGACUUCCGCAACCCUUUAUCAGAGGAUAUCCGAAGAGCCCGUCUGCCCCGAGGAAUGGAGAAACCCCCAACUCUGGACCUCUACGACGGGACCACCGAUCCCGACGACCACAUCCAGAGCAUUGAAGCCGUCAUGGACUACCAUGUGGUACGAGGAUCUAUCAAAUGUCGGAUCUUUCCGACCACUCUCAGGAAAGGAGCGAUGACCUGGUACAAGAACCUUCCUCCCAACUCCAUCCACUCUUGGUCAGAACUCAAUAAAUUCUUCUCGAACCACUUCACAGCAUCUCGUCGGCAGCCGAAGUCUGAAGCGACCCUCGAGGCUGUAAUUCAAGGGGCCAACGAACCUCUCCGAGAGUACCUCGACAGGUUCAAUAAAGAGGUCGUUCAGGUGCAGACUAGCGAUCAUAUGAAGAGGUAUCUCCUGGAACGGGGACUCCUCCCCGGCAGUGACUUCAAGAAAGCUAUCAAAAUCGAAAAAGUACGCACCAUGGACGCCCUUCUGCUCAAAGCCCAAGCCUACAUCGCCUAUGAGGAAGGCGAAGCAGCCGUGAAGAAAAGCUCGAGAGGCAAUGACACUACCCGCAACUCAAGUCAAGACUAUUCUCUUUCUCUCGGAGGCAACAAGAAGAGAAAAGACGACAGGCCCCGUGACAAUAAGGAGUAG